CAGCCCCCCCUUCCCAGCCCCUGAGCCCCCCAGCUGCCUCCUUCCCAGCUCUCUUUGCUUCUUUGGGGGUUGCCCUCUUAUUUUGGCCUGGCUUUGACUCCCCCCCAACCUUUCCCCUCCUUUUGAUACCCUAUCAUACCCCCCCCCUCAGCCCCUGAGUCCCCACUGCCUCAAUCCCAGCUCUGUUUUUGUUUCUUUCUUUUUGGGAGGGUUGCCCCUUAUUUCGGCCUCCCUUCUCCUCCAAAGGGGGCUCUUUCAAGGGGAGGGAGGCCCCCCGCUGUGCUUGUAUUGGGGGAGGCAAGCCCCCCCCCGUGCCAAAGUUCCUGCUUGCCUCUCUGCCUGCUGGCCAGCCAUGCCCGGGCUGGAGCAGGUGGCCAACGUGGCCCUGCGGGUGCCCAGUAUCGUCCUCCUGGACUUGCUCUACCGCUGGGACGUGCAGACCUCUGCCGAGCUGACCCGGGAAACUUACCUGCUGCGCCAGCAGCACCUGUGGAGCCUCUACUAUGCAGGUCACCUCGUGUGCGUGGUGGUUCUGCUGCUUCCGGUCCAGUCCCUUGUGAAGUUGUACCUCCACAUCCUAACAGUGCUACUGCUUUAUGUGGGCCAUCAAACAGCCAGGGACUACAUCCGACAUGAGAUGGGCCAUGAAUUCCAGGGGGCUGUGUACAACGAUCCUGCGGCGCUCAGUCACUUUGCCACUGCACUCACAGGGCAGGUCAUCGUGAUCACCCUCUGCGCCCUCCUGCAGAAGACCAAGCGGGUGUGGCUCUUCUCCGCUCUGCUCCUCCCCUUGGCGGCCCGGCUGUGCUGCCUCCCUCUCCAAGUGCUGCCCACGGUCAACACCUUCGCUGCCGUCCUCACAGCCCUGGAGGUGCUCUACGUAGCAGCCUCUUCCCUGCCUGUGCCCUUCCACCUGGCUGUGGCAGCCUGCAGGGAGGUCGGUCAGGCGCUGGAGUUCUACCACCUGAUUGCGCUGGGCAUGUCCCUGUGGAGGCAGCUGGCCGUCCCGGUGCUGUUUUUGGUCUUCUGGCUGGCACUGUUCACCUUGCAGAUCUAUGCUUUCUUGGCCUCCCCGGGCACCCUUCUGUCCCACCAAGGGCUCCUGUUCAUCUUCCUUAGCAGCGUGGCCAAGUGCUGCAGCACUCCCUAUUCUCUGAUCGGACUCACCUUCACCGUCUCCUACCUGGCCCUGGGGCUGCUGAAACUUUGCAAGUUCUACCUGGCAGGCUACGGCGCUUUCCAGAACGGCAACGUGAUGCACAGGGGCAUGACGGAGGGCGUGACCCUGCUGCUGCUAGCCCUCCAGACAGGCUUGCUGGACCUGCAGCUGCUCCAGAGAACCUUCCUCCUCAGCAUCAUCCUCUUCAUCGUGGUGACGUCAACCCUGCAGUCCAUGGUCGAGAUAGCGGACCCCAUCGUGCUGGGGCUGGGGGCCUCACAGAACAGGAGUGUUUGGAAGCACUUCCGCGGGGUCAGCAUGUGCCUCUUCCUCUUGAUCUUCCCGGGCUUCAUGGCGUGUAGGAUCGCCCACUUCUUCCACAUGGAUUUCUGGCUCCUGAUCCUCGUCUCAAGCUGUAUGCUGACCUCCCUUCAGGUGAUGGGAACCCUCUUCAUCUAUACCCUCUUCAUGAUCGAGAUCUUCCAGGACACUCCAAUGGAGAAGAUGGACGAGAUCAUCUAUUACGUCAAUGCCAUCAGCCGCGUGCUGGAGUUCGUGGUGGCAGUCUGCGUGGUGGCCUACGGCACCUGGGAGUCCAUCUUCGGGGAGUGGAGCUGGAUGGGAGCCUCGGUUAUCAUCAUCCACUCUUACUUGAAUGUCUGGCUGAGGGCCCAAUCGGGCUGGAAGAGCUUCUUGCUCCGCAGGGAGGCGGCCAAGAAGAUCAACUCGCUGCCGAGGGCCACCCGAAGGCAGCUGCAGAACCACAACGAUGUGUGUGCCAUUUGCUUCCAGGAGAUGACCCUUGCUGUAAUCACCCACUGUGGCCACAUCUUCCACGAAAACUGUCUACGCAAAUGGUUCUACGUGCAGGACACGUGCCCCCUGUGUCACCAGCCCGUCAAGGCCUCGGCAGGUGAGGAGAACCACGCGAACCACAGCAGCACAGAAGAGGGAGAGCCUCCACCAGAGGAGGAGGAGUUGCCCAGCUCUGAGAGUGGAGAAUCCGCUGCCUGCUGUAGCACAGAGAGCGCAGGUUUAGGACAGACCACAGAGACCGGCGAGUCCGACAGGAGAGAACGUCAGGGCCUGGAUGAGGAAGAGCUACAGUUGGGUGAAUCCAGUGGAUCAGGAGAGUCAGCGGAGAAAGAUCUGAACCCUGGACCUCCCCAGAGAGAACCGAGAGUGUCCGCUGGAGUGGCGAACGAUGAUCUUCAGGUGCCUCUUAAGGCAGAGAAUCCACCUGCGCAGGGAAGCCCGGGGAAAUGGCACUCAGCUGACUUGGGCACCAGAUCAGGAGGAGAGCUUGUGGCCCUGGGACAGAGUGGGUCUGAUAGCAGGGCUCCCCAGAAUGAGUGUGGAUUUCUCAAGACACAAGGCGACGCCGGCCUUUAUCUGCCUGUCGCUCCAGGUUGCCCAGCUGUAGAAAAUCUGGGGGUUCCUACACCAAGUCGGGCAGCUGUAGAGCGUCCUGAGAUGGAAGAGGGUGAAACAGAGACCUUGGGCAGGACCGAGCAACGAGCCACAGGUGGCCUUCAGCCGUCGGGCCACCCAGAGGACAAUACUGGGCCUUGCCCCUCCUUUGCCUCUUCUUAGCACUAGUCUGCCCCAAUCGGUGUGGCUUUUGUUUCCUUCGAGCCCGUUGUCUCCACCAGCUUUUCUUGCUGCUUCUAGGGGAGCAGGCAGCCCCAGUAGCCAAAAGCUUCUUCCCCCCCACCCCAGGGCUAGGAAUGCCUGACCCUUUGCAGGGGAGCAGAGGCCUGGAAACAGCCUCUUGGGAGUGUGGGUUCCCUUGGAUCUCCCAACAGCUCUCGCCUUCAAGGCUGCCGUGAGACCCUUUUGGUCUUAAGCUCGAGGGCUUAAAGACUACUGUAACUGCACAAUGGGAUUUUUGCGCUGGCCGCAACAUGUGCGCAUUCUAAAACCUGAAGCAAUAGCGUUGUGAUUUAGUCUCCAAGAUGGCAGCAGUCUUAUCGCAAAGGGUGUCGAGGCCUGGGGGCUUCCUUACGCUUUAGCUCACAGGUACCCGCCAGCCCCUCAGCACCCACUAAGCGCAGCAGGGUCCAGUUGGCUGGUUCCUUCUGUCCAUGUGAGGAAUCAGCAAGGCAGGAAAAUGCUCGAGAAACCCAAAUAUGUCUUGUGGGGCACUGGGCCCCUCGGGGAUGCUGCGAAGCAACGCUGGAACGACAUCUCAUUGGCUGCCCAUUUUUGAUGAGGGAUUUUGGAGUAAAGGGGUGCCUGAAUCGGUGGGGUGUAGGGAGAGCACCCAUCAAAAAAGACUCAGCUCGUGAGCUUAAUAAAUAAGCAAGGGACACCA